CCUUGGGGCGCGCCCAGCGGGGCAUGGCGUCCGAGCAAGGUGGUCGUCGGCUGGCGGUCAGUGCUGGGUCCCGGGCGGGGGCCGGGGGAUCGGCUGCGUACCGGGGCCGACGGCCGGGGCAGGCGGGUCCGCUUUCUGCCUCUCGCUGGCUGUGGCGGCGACGGCGGCAGGCGCCAGCGAGGCCCGUGGGGAGCGGCGGCGCAGCCUGGCGGGUGGGACCAUCGGCCGGGCCCUGGCCCGCGCUCAACCGGCGCGAUGCUUUUCUCGCUCCGGGAGCUGGUGCAGUGGCUGGGCUUCGCUACCUUCGAGAUCUUCGUGCACCUUUUGGCGCUGUUGGUGUUCUCCGUGCUGCUGGCCCUGCGUGUGGACGGCCUGGCUCCCGGCCUCUCCUGGUGGAACGUGUUCGUGCCCUUCUUCGCCGCUGACGGGCUCAGCACCUACUUCACCACUAUCGUCUCCGUGCGCCUCUUCCAGGAUGGAGAGAAGCGGCUGGCCGUGCUCCGCCUUUUCUGGGUCCUCACGGUUCUUAGCCUGAAGUUCGUCUUCGAGAUGUUGUUGUGCCAGAAGCUGGUGGAGCAGACUCGGGAGCUCUGGUUCGGCCUGAUCACGUCUCCGGUCUUCAUUCUUCUGCAGCUGCUCAUGAUCCGUGCCUGCCGGGUCAACUAGCCUCGCAGAAGAUAAGCUAGAAUGCGGGACCCCAGGCUGAGCUCCCACUUCUGCCGCACCAGAGGACAAGUCUGGGUCUGAAAGCCAGCUUGUGCCCUGCUGGGUGCCCAGCUUCCUCUCUAUCAGUCAUGUCUGAAAUUGUUCCCUCAGCAGGGCUAAAAAGAGCAGCCUUGAUUCUUAAAAUGUAUUCCCUCUUAUUUCAUGCUUUGAAUAGCUAAUCUUGCAUUGAGAUCCUGAGAAGGCCAGACAGUCCUGAACUCCUCUGACAGUUGGAAACUGCAUAUAAGUAAAAUGUCCUGAUGGGCUCUGAGUAUUUUCAUGGAUCCUGGGAAAGUACCCACUGUGCAAAGGCUGCAAAGCUGGACUCGGGGUCUCCCCUGGCCAGCAGUGCUGACCUGAGAGCUUACUGCCCCAUCCCCCCGGACAAGACUUCCUUAGAUGCUUGAGCUCUAAAAAGUGUAAACCAGCUUGUGUCUCCUCCCCAGCUGCACUGGGGAGGAUGGCUCUUUCUUCAUUCCAGCCCAGGCAGACAGGAGUAUGUUGAAUAAGCAUGAUCGGGACCCUAUCUGGAUAUCUGUCGCCUGAGAAAAGAACUUGCUUUCAACGCGCUGCUUGGCUUCCUAUCCCAGCAGAUUGUAGUGUCACGACUUUUCCACCACCUCAUGGCCGGCACUGUUAGUGCACCUGAGACCUUUAGGCCGUCCUAAGGGACCAGAGAGAGGAACAGGUGCUCUGACGCGCAUAGCCAUUGAGACCUACACAUGGGAAGUUUGCAGAUGGUCUCAGGCUAUGUCUGUUGGCCUAAGGGCUUUGGUUUGAUGCCAGUCAGGUGCCAAAUGAGAACAUUUGCUGAGAUAAAAAUAAAAGAGAAUGUUUUGCUGAAA